AUGUCAGAGUCACGCCUUUUCCAGCCCAUGAAAAUCGGCAACAUCAAAGUCCAACAUCGCAUUGGCAUGGCCCCUCUUACACGCCUCCGAGCAAGCAUUGACCGUGUUCCUAACGCCCUUAUGAAGAAAUACUACGGUCAGCGCGCUUCCAUCCCCGGUACCCUAAUCAUAACCGAGGGCACUCUUGUCUCCCUUGCUGCUGGUGGAGGUUUUGCUAGAACACCUGGAAUUUGGAACCAAGAGCAGGUCUCAGCUUGGAAAGACAUCACCGAUGAAGUACACCGCAAGGGCAGCUUUAUUUUUGUGCAACUGUUUGCCAUGGGUCGUGCCGCAACUGUCGAAGUUGCAAAGGACGAAGGAAUCGACAUUAUCGGACCGAGUGCGAUCCCGAUUGAAGGCAGUCCCGCCCAACCUCGAGCGAUGACCUUGGAAGAGAUUCAUGAAAUGGUAGAGGCCUCCGUCACUGCGUCGGAGAAUGCCAUAAAAGCCGGCUUCGACGGUGUUGAGAUCCAUGGAGCUAAUGGCUACCUGCUCGACCAAUUCCUCCAAGACGUCAGCAACCAGCGCAACGACGAGUAUGGAGGCAGCAUUGAGAACAGGUCCCGUCUCAUCACCGAGAUAUUGGAACGCGUUGUCCAAGCCAUCGGCCCAGAGCGCGUCGGUAUCCGUCUCAGCCCAUGGAGUACCUUCCAGAGCAUGCGCAUGGAAAACCCAAUCCCUCAGUUCACCGACAUCAUCAACAAAGCCAGCCGACUAAACUUGGCCUAUAUUCACUUGAUCGAGUCGCGUAUCUCCGGCAGCCAAGACUGUCAUGAGCAUGGCAGCGAGAAGCUUGACUUUGCAUAUGAUCUAUGGAAGGGACCUUUCCUUAUUGCCGGCGGGUAUAAACUGAGCGAGGCGGAAAGGCUUGUUAACGAGGAGUAUCCUCAUAAGGAGAUCAUGGUCAUGUUUGGAAGAAACUUCUUGGCAAAUCCUGACUUGGUGUACAGGAUAAAGGAGGGACUGGAGCUCAACCCAUACAAGAGGAACACCUUUUAUACCAGCGAUGUCGAGGGUUAUGUGGAUUAUCCAUUCGCAGUCAGAAAAGAAUCAGAAACUUCUAACUGA